AUGGCGACAAUACGCGAAGAAAAGACUCUGUCUGACCUCCCCAACGGGCACAUGCGCAACCAACACGAAUACUCGUACCGCCUCCCCACAGCCCCCCGCAUUGUGGUUCCCCCUCCCACGCUCACGACCGACAUGCCAGGUCUGUCUCUUGGUGGCACACCUGGAGGCGAUGUAGACAUGAGCUUCUUGAACGAGUUGGACCUCGAGGACAUCAUACAGAAGAACACGCUGCUAGAAUGGGCAUACGAGCGACGGAGACAGGCACAAAUGAUACUGCCGUGGGUCUAUCUUGGUCCUAUGGUGGCAGCCAGGGACAAGGCUUUUCUAGAGCGAAAGGGCAUCACCAUGGUACUGGCUGUUCGUGCCCAGGCCAACAGCAUGUCGGGCGCCAUGCAAGCUGCUACCCAGGUAUGCAUGGAGGUGGGCAGCAUCGAGUCUCCCAGUUUCUACAGCCUCACGCCCAGGUUCCCGGACGCGACGAGCAUGAUCAACUCGCACAUCGCACGGGUACGACAACACAGCUUGGAGACAACAGGGCAGGCCACUCUCGGAAAAGUGUUAGUCUUCUGCGAGUCUGGCAAUGAGAAGUCAGCUGCCGUGGUCGCAGCCUAUCUGAUGCAGACGCUCAACAACAUCGAUUACAUCAAGGCUAUGCAAGUCUGUCAAGCGCAGCGCUUCUGCGUUAAUUUCGACGAUGUCUUGAAGAAUAUCCUACGCUCCUAUUGGGAUAUUCUCCUUGCCCGACGCUCCAUCGCCGCCUCUUACGCGCAAGCGCCACACCAGAAUGGUCUUAGUAACGGCUCUGCACAGCCUGCAUCACUGUCCCUUUCCUUCUCGUCAAGUAAGCAAAAGCGAGGUAUUGAAGAUACAAGGGAUGGCGACGACGAUACGAACAUGGAAGAUGGCAUGGAUGCGUCGGAUGUGCUCCGGUUUACGGGGCGCGACGUUACUCCUUUCCAAGACCGGUAG